CUGCACAGAUGACACAGAAAUGCUUUGCUUCUUUCCUCUUCUAUAAAAUAAUAAUAAAGUGUUCACGCAGACUUUGAGGGGGAUUUUGCAGAUGAAAUGAAAACAGCUACAUGGCACACAGAACUCAAAACCUGGCACUUAGGAUCCAACACAUGGCUUCAAUCCUCCCAGUGAGGGGAGAUCACUCCACUGACCCUCACAGGAGGGGCUCUCCAGAAACAUUCCGUUAAAAUAGCAAUUUAUUUAAUGAGACGCAAGGGGAUUCAGAACCAAAUAAUCCUCUUGUGCCCUUCACUUUAGGCUCACCUGGCCCAGGCCAGGAGGAAACUCCCCUGGGCGCUGCGCUCAGCACUUCAUCCCUGUUCCUGCGUCUUUAUUUGUCGUCCGUUGGGAGAAGCAAAGAUAAUAGAGCGCAGACCUUCAGAAAUUCCAUCGUGAUGCUCGAGGAUUCUCAGAAGCUGCUGUGGCACAGGCAAUUCCCAUAAAUAUUAUGGAAGCAGGGAACCAAACAGCUACUUCAAAAUUCAUCCUUCUGGGACUUUCCCAAGACAUGGACCUGCAGCCCCACCUCUUUGGGCUGUUCCUGUCCAUGUACCUAGUCUGUGUUACAGGAAACCUGCUCAUCAUUGCGGCCAUCAGCUCCGACUCCCGCCUCCACACCCCCAUGUACUUCUUCCUGUCCAACUUGUCCUUUGUUGACAUCUGUUUCACCUCCACCACCGUCCCGAAGAUGCUGGUGAACAUUCAGACACAGAGCAAAGACAUCAUGUAUGAAGGUUGUAUGACCCAGAUGUAUUUCUUCAUGAUUUUUGCUGGGCUAGAUGAUUUGCUCCUGACAGUGAUGGCCUAUGACCGGUUUGUGGCAAUCUGCCACCCCUUACACUACACAGUCAUCAUGAGCCCUCGCCUUUGUAGUCUCCUGCUGCUGCUUUCUUGGUUAAUCUGCCUGACCUAUUCUUUGCUGCAAAGUCUGAUGGUAUUGAGGGUGUCCUUUUGCAAAGAAACAGAAAUCCCCCACUUCUUCUGUGAACUUGCUCAGAUCCUCAAGCUUGCCUGCUCUGACACCCUUGCCAACAACAUCCUACAGCAUUUUAUAACUAGCCUGCUGGGUGUCAUUCCCCUGACUGGGAUUCUUUUUUCUUAUUCUAGAAUUAUCUCCUCCAUAAUGGGCAUUUCAUCUGCUGGGGGUAAGUAUAAAGUCUUUUCUACCUGUGGGUCUCACCUCUCAGUUGUCUCCUUGUUCUACGGUGCUGGCCUUGGGGUCUACCUCACUUCUGGAACAGCUCACCCCUCCAGAAAGGGUUCAAUAGCCUCGGUGAUGUACACAGUGGUUACCCCCAUGCUGAACCCUUUCAUCUAUAGUCUGAGGAACAGGGACAUGAAAAAGGCUCUGAGGAAACUUUUCAGUAGAGAAGCUUACUCUUGGUGAGAUUAUGCAAGUUAAGGACAAUGGAGACCCAAAGUGCUGAUAAUGUUCCUGAAUAUGUAGUCUGAAGACAUGGAGAAGAAAUGCUAUUCCUGGUGUACUAGAAGACACCCGAACCAAAGACAAACGUGAAGUAGCACACCCAAAGGCCCACCAUCUACCAAGGAAAAAGCAUGACCAACCAAUAACUAAACUUCUUGUGCAAAUAAACUUUCGAGAAUGCAGACUCCUGCACGCAUCAAAGGGGGAGAAAGCAAGUCAAGGAAUGCAGCAGGGGAGAAGGCAGAGUGACAAGUGUUUACACAUUAAUGACUCAUCUUUACCCGUUAUGUUCUAGCUAAAACAAAGCACCAUGCCCACUGGACCAAGUUUUCCCUGGUCUGUCUGGAACCAUUUUCUGAACUGUCUCAUACUGACCUCCAUGACCCCAUAGAAUUUUACUUGCUGUAUUUUCCUUUGGUGGUGGCCAUUGACCUAUACUGAGGACUUGAAUAAAAACUUCUUUGUAGUGUCUA